AUGAUAUUUGCUAUUUUCCCUUCAUACAGAUCUUUGUGACCUGAUGAACAGGUUGGAUGGCAAAUAAACAUCAUGAUGGGCCCUAUUAAGGUUUCAACAGUGGUAAAUAUUGUCGCACUGCUUCAUGUGGUGUGGUCCACUUGAGAUCGGAUCUGACUCAUUUUUUGUUCCACGACCUAAAAUGAUCUCAAAAAAUGGAUAGACGGUGCGGAUAUGACACGUAUAUCAUGAUGGGAUCCACACAACUUGGUGACGUCAACACACUACGGAGGUCGGUGGUGUGUAACACCACGCAAUACCUCAUCCCCUCUAUCCACACUGCGCACCGUGCGCAUCAUUGACAAGGUCUUAUCUGCCCGUCCCGUUUAUUCCUAAACGCACGAAAAAAACAGGAGUGGAGACUGAGGUUUUUGCUGCUGGUGCUCCUCUCUAGGCGAAGAAAUGCUAACCUACGCCUCCAUCCCUCCUUCGGUAUGCCGUCGGCAUUUUCUUGCAUGUCAUCUACAAGUGUUGGAUCGGAUCUUGAUUUGUUCUAAUCCGUACUCUAUGCUGAUGCCAGCAAGAAGAAAGCCAAAGGUUUGUCCACUGAAGGCUAGCUUAUGGGAUUCCAUUAGAUCUGGCUUUUUGAAGAACAACAACACGACACAAGUAAUUGAACCGCCCGAGACACUCCCAGAGGACGAAGAACCUUUUCCUCAGGAGAUCGUACUUGUUGAGAAGACCCAUCCAGAUGGAACAAUAGAACAGAUAAUCUUUUCUUCAGGUGGAGAUGUUGAUGUGUAUGAUCUCGAAGCUUUAUGUGAUAAGGUGGGCUGGCCUAGGAGGCCACUAACAAAACUAGCUGCGGCUUUGAAGAAUAGUUACAUGGUUGCUACCCUACAUUCUAUCAGGAAAUCUCCAGAUACAGAGCGGAAUGACCAAAAGCAGCUCAUUGGCAUGGCUCGUGCUACUUCGGAUCAUGCGUUCAAUGCCACGAUUUGGGAUGUUCUUGUUGAUCCAUCCUAUCAGGGUCAGGGUCUUGGAAAGGCUCUGGUCGAACAGCUAAUACGUGCACUGCUGCAAAGGGAUAUUGGCAAUAUAACAUUGUUUGCUGAUAAUCAAGUAGUGGAUUUCUAUAAGAACUUGGGGUUUGAAGCUGACCCAGAAGGCAUUAAGGGCAUGUUCUGGUACCCAAGGUAUUAGUGGCUUCUCCGAACAAUGUGAUUUGGAUUUUAGAGGUGCGGUACAUCAUCUUUCAUCGCAGUUGUACAUGGGCGUUGCCGUUCAUGGGUUUGUAAUGCUAUGUAUGUUGCUUGUUAAUCUCUGAUUAUUUAUAAUUUAAAGGUUUUAGAAGUUAGUAUUGUGAAUGGUUGAGUUACCGCACAAUACCGACUUUGGUCCAAA